AAAUGUGGUCGCCGUUGGUUCUUCUAGUCUUUUUGACCCUGGCCCUAAGCCAACCUGAUGGGUUGGUCGAGGCCGCUGGUCCGCUGAAGGUGCUGGGCCUCUUCCCCCAUCCAGGAGUCAGCCACUUCCACUUCUUCCACCCCAUCAUGAGGGGUCUGGCCGAGGCGGGACAUGACGUGAGCGUGGUUUCCCACUUCCCGGACAAGCAUCCGGUUGUCCGUUACAAGGAUUUCCCCUUGACCGGGAUGGAAAAGCUCACGAACAGCGUGGAUCUCAAGUUCUUUGAGAAGCGCACAUUCUACAAUCAUUUCGUGGAGUUCUUUCUGCUCAACGAGUGGGGAAAACAGGCCUGCAAUAUGACCCUCCGUUCGGAGGCACUGCAGCAGAUCCUGAAGCGCCCGGGCCGCUUUGAUGUGAUCAUAAUGGAGCAGUUCAACUCGGACUGUAUGAUGGGCGUGGCCCAUCAACUCCAGGCCCCUGUGAUCGCGCUGAGCAGCUGUGUGAUGAUGCCGUGGCACUAUGAGCGAAUGGGAGCCCCAUUGAUAUCCUCCCACGUCCCGGCGCUUUUCAUGGCCCAGUCGCAGGACAUGGACUUUGGCGGACGCCUGGCCAAUUGGUUCAGCACCCACGCCUUGAACUGGAUGUACAAAUUACUAUCUGUACCCGCUGCCGAUGCCCUGGUUCAGUACAAAUUCGGCCACGAUGUGCCCUCGGUGGGAGAGCUGGUGAAGAACACAUCCCUGUUCUUUGUGAACCAACACUAUUCGCUGUCGGGACCCAAGCCCAUGCCCCCCAACGUUAUCGAACUGGGCGGCAUACACAUCCAGAAGUCGAAGCCCCUGCCCGCCGAUCUUCAGCGCAUUUUGGAUAACGCCGAGGAAGGAGUGAUCCUGAUCAGUUGGGGAUCCAUGAUCCGGGCGAACUCCCUGUCGGCCGCCAAGCGGGAUGGUAUUGUACGGGCUGUGGCUCGAUUGAAGCAGAAGGUCAUCUGGAAGUGGGAGAACGAUACGCUGCCCAAUCAGCCGCCCAAUAUGCACAUUAUGAAGUGGCUGCCCCAACGCGAUAUCCUCUGCCAUCCGAACGUGAAGGUGUUCAUGUCGCACGGUGGUCUCAUGGGCACCUCGGAGGCAGCCUACUGCGGAGUUCCAGUUGUGGCCACGCCCAUGUAUGGCGAUCAGUUCGUCAAUACCGCCGCCCUAGUGCAACGCGGCAUGGGAACCAUCCUGAACUUCGAGGAUAUCGGGGAGAACACGGUGAUGCGGGCCUUGAAAAAGGCCUUGGACAAGAAAUACUACGAUGCCGCCAAGGUCGUCUCGCACUCGUUCAACCACCGCCCACAGCAGGCCCUGCAAACCGCUCUUUGGUGGGUGGAGCAUGUGGCCCACACGGGUGGAGCUCCUCUGCUGAAACCCAGUGCAGUGGAGAUGUCCCGAUUCGUGUACUACUCCCUGGACUGCUAUGCUGUUUUGGCCCUAAUCCUGGCCAGCGUCAUCGGCAGUUGGGUGUGGCUCCUUCGACUCUGCUGCGGCUCCAGUUCCGCCCAGAAGACUAAGAGGGAUUAGAGGGUCUCUUCUUCGUGCCGCUUCGUUUGUGGUGUAUGUGAUAUUUUAUAUGUUCCGUGUAAGAGACUUUUAAGUGUAAAGACGCCUCCUCUCAAGGACUUUAUUAUGUAAUCUUAGUGACGCCAAAUUAAAUAUAAUGUUUAAUACAAUUGGUAUUUACCCGUUAAAAAAUAAUACAGUUUGUUUUCGAGAAACAAAA